UACCCAGCCAGUGCGGAGAUGCUUUUGGCGGCUUUCCGCUACUUUGACAAGGAGGAGCGCGGGUAUCUCACUAAAGAGAGGUUCGCGCAGCUUAUGCUUGAAGAAGGCGAACCAUUUACGCAGGAAGAAUACGAUGAGAUGAUGCAGACCGCCCUGGAUCCCGUGACUAACACCAUUACCUACGAGUACUAUAUCAAUCAGCUCAUGGUGCGUAUUUUCAAUAAAUUACAAUAUUGUCUUAUUUAAGUCACUUGUAGAUUGCGUUUGCGAUAGUAUUUAAUGUUUACUGACUGAAUGAUUGAUAUAUCAAAUAAACGAAAAUAAGCCAGUUUUAUUCAUUAUCCAACUGCACUAGAAGGAGAAUGAAAUGUAAGAAUUAAAGAUUACAAAACUAUUGAGUUCGUUUGAUAAGAAGUA